UAACACUCCUCUGUUCUUACUCUACACAACAACUCCUCUCCAUUUUAAAUCCCUCUCUGCAAAGGUUUUUCAACUCCCCCAGUCAAACUUUUUCAUAUUCUAACUGGUUCUGAAUGGUUUCGGUUUCUGGGUCUUGCAAAAGAUUCCAAUUCUGGAAGUUUUAGCUAGUAUUUAGUUUUCUUUACUCUUUAUCAUAUUCAUUGCCUAGUCGGUGGCCUGAUUUGUUGAAUUGGGAAAGCUUUACAUUCUGGUGGUUGUUGAAACAUUCAUUCGUGUAGUUGUUUUUGUUUUUGGAGAUCAAUUUCAACUGGGGUUUAUUGGUGGGGGGGCUUUUGUUCACAAAGAAAAAAAGUGGAAGUUUCCGGGAAAAUGAUUCCGAUGCACAACGGCUGCAUUUCAUGGAAGGUUUUUGCAGCCGUUGAGAGAGAAUUCUGUGUGAAUAAAAGCUUUUAUUUUUGGAUCUUCCAUAUUUUCAAUAGGAGAUCUAGGGGAGUGAGAAAAUGGCAGGGGCAGGUUUGCCACCGGGGUUCCGGUUUCACCCAACUGAUGAGGAAUUGGUUGGAUAUUACCUCAAGAGAAAAGUUGAGGGACAAGAGAUUGAACUCGAAGUGAUUCCGGUCAUCGAUUUAUACAAAUUUGAUCCGUGGGAGUUGCCAGAUAAAUCAUUCCUCCCAAAACGCGAUAUGGAAUGGUUCUUCUUCUGCCCCAGGGAUAAGAAGUACCCAAAUGGAACACGAACUAAUCGCGCUACUAGAGCUGGCUACUGGAAAGCUACUGGGAAAGACCGAAAGGUCGUUUGUCAGUCCGCUGUGACCGGAUAUCGGAAAACCCUAGUUUUCUACCGUGGGCGAGCCCCGAUAGGGGAUCGAACAGACUGGGUAAUGCAUGAGUAUCGCCUUUGUGAUGAUCUUUCUCAAGUAGGAGUACCACCAAGUUUUAAGGGAGCUUUUGCUUUAUGCCGCGUGAUAAAAAAGAACGAGCACGCGCAGAGGACAAGCGAUGUUCCUCGAGAACCAAAAGCUAAGCAGAUCAGAAGCAGUGUAAGCUUAAGCAAUGGGGAAUUCUCCUCAACAGGAAUGCCCAUUGAGCGUGCUAUCACCUCCGAGGACACUACCUUCCGAGCAAGUCACCUAUCCGACGGUAGUACUUUUUCAAGUCCUGUAGCUUCGACAACAGUGGUGGAGAAUGAAACAUUUUCAAUGGGGACCAGUCCCAACAGCCUCUGGUUGUCUUCUGAGUUUAUCCUUGAUUCUUCAAAGGAUCAAGGUUUUUGUGGAGAUAAUCCACAGUAUGAGUUUCCAAACAUGACGACUCAAUGGCAACCGCAUAAUCACUCUGAAAUUUCGCCCAGUUCGUCUUACUCAAAUUUUACAGAGGAACUUGAACAUGGUGAUGGUUCAAGUCGAUUCAGUUGCAUGUCACCUUACUCGGGACACACAAACUACACGGCCUUUUUCUGGCAAUGAGGAUAUGCCAUAUGAGGAUUAUGGGCAGAUCAAUCCGGUGAGAAAUCCAAAACCUUUCUGGAAGCAAAAGGGAGUCCUUGCAGUUCAGUUUUUCCCUUGCAGGAUUUGAAGUUGAGAUUUUUGGCCAAACUUGUUGGUCUUUGGUUACGGGAAGAUAAUAUGGUUAUUGCGAUGAGUCUGUGAAACGGCCUACUGGAAUUUACUUGGUAAUAAUCCACAAUGGUGCCUCUGAGAGAACGCCUUUUAUCGUUCUUCUCAGAGUAGAAAAACCACAAGUGCUAGCACUCUAGUCGACAUGGGUUUGCUGUCAGAGUCCUGGUUGAUUUUGCUCUGGUCCAUACAUCACUAGUAGCCAAAACUAUGAACCCCUGGUGAUAAAUCACUUUUAUAGAUUGCACUAGGAGCUCCUUCUUUUGCAGCUUAAACUUAUAUAUGUUGUUUUCAUAAAAGAAGCUUCUUCCAUGGAAGCCACCCUUUGUCCAAAAGUUGAAUAUUGUAAUGUUCGGAGUCAUCUUUUUCUUUCCUUGCUUCCAAGUGUAUGAGGGAGCAUUCUUAUGUGCACUGUUGUAGAAGUGAUAUGUUAUUCAUUUCUUGAUGCAGAUGCUUAAAAUUAUUGUGCA